AUGACGGACCAGGGGGCGCAAGUCAAUAGGAAAAGGACCUUUAGGACCUUUAAAUUCCGUGGCUAUGAGUUGGAAAAAUUGCUUGAAAUGCCAAUGGAAAACUUCAUUUCAUUACUUAGGUCUAGGCAGAGAAGGCGGUUUUCGAGGGCCAAGAAGGAUCUUGCUUACGGAGAAAAACCGGAGCCUGUGAAGACCCACUUGAGGGACACUAUCAUAGUCCCGGAGAUGAUCGGAUCUAUAGUUGGGGUGUACAAUGGCAAGCAGUAUAUCAAUGUAGAAAUCAAGCCGGAAAUGGUGGGGCAUUAUGUGGGAGAAUUCUCCAUCACGUACAAGCCCGUUAUGCACGGGAAACCAGGCAUAGGAGCAACACACUCCUCCAGAUUCAUCCCGCUUAAGUGA